AUGAUCAGAAAAGCAGUGAAUAUGACUGUACAAAAGAGAAAACAAGUGACUAUAGAAGAAUUUUUCAGUAAAAGUAAGAAAGUUAAAAAUGUUGUCUCUACGAAGACUGCUGCUACUUCUUCCAUUGACACGAAAUCAGUAGAUACGGAAACUUUACCAGUAGAAGAUGUUAAGAAUGAAAAUGUGAAUAAUGAGAAAUCUCAUUUUAUUGAUACGAAAUUAAGUGAAUUACAAAAAGGUAUGUUACAAUUAGAGAUUGACACUAUGGAAGACAGUUGGUUUAAUAAAUUAUCUGAUGAAUUUACUAAGCCAUAUUUUUUAGGUAUUAAAGCAUUUUUAAAGAAUGAAAAAAUUGUGAAGAAAGCCACAAUUUUCCCACCUGAAAAUGAUAUAUAUUCGUGGAGUCGUUUAACGCCAUUUAAAGAUGUUAAGAUUGUAAUAAUUGGGCAAGAUCCAUAUCAUAAUUUUAAUCAAGCUCAUGGUUUAGCAUUUAGUGUUAAGAAACCAACACCUGCACCACCUUCAUUAAAAAAUAUUUAUAAAGAAUUAAAAACAAAUUAUCCUGAUUUUAUUAUAGAUAAUAAACAAGGUGAUUUAACUCAUUGGUCCAAGCAAGGUGUAUUAUUAUUAAAUACUGCAUUAACUGUUAGAGCGCAUAAUGCAAAUUCUCAUUCAAAAUGUGGAUGGAAUAUUUUCACAAGAAGAAUAGUUGAAUUAUUAAUUGAGGAUAGAGAGGCUAAUGGAGAUAAUUUAGUAUUUAUGUUAUGGGGUAAUAAUGCAAUUAAACUAGUUGAAGAUUUAUUAAAAAGACAUAAACAAACAAAGGAUAAUAUUUUAGUAUUGAAAUCUGUUCAUCCGUCACCAUUAAGUGCGUCCAGAGGAUUUUUCAACAAUAAUCAUUUUAAAAAAAUUAAUAAAUGGUUAGAAGAGAAACAUGAACCUAUGAUAGAUUGGAGUGUAGUUCCUGGUACAUCAUUAGAUGAAGUAACGAAAUAUAAUGAAACAUUAAUGAAGUAA